CGGGGCUGGCAGGGCAGCAUGGCGGCGCCCAUGGAAGUGGCGGUGUGUACGGACUCCGCGGCGCAGCAAUGGAGCUGUGUGGUGUGGGAGCUUCAUUCGGGCGCCAACCUGCUCACCUAUCGCGGCGGCCAAGCGGGGCCCAGGGGCCUGGCGCUGCUCAACGGCGAGUACCUGCUGGCGGCGCAGCAGGGCAAGAACUACAUCUGCGCCUGGGAGCUGCAGCGCAAGGACCAGCUCCAACAGAAAAUUAUGUGUCCUGGGCCUGUCACCUGCCUGACCACAGCACCCAACGGCCUGUAUGUCCUGGCAGGGAUCUCAGAGAGCAUCUACCUGUGGGAGGUCUCCACUGGGAACCUCCUGGUCAUCCUCAGCCGUCACUACCAGGACGUGUCCUGCCUGAAGUUCACAGGUGACGGCAGCCACUUUGUUUCUGGGGGCAAGGACUGCCUGGUGCUGGCUUGGAGCCUCUGCAGUGUGCUUCAGGCAGACCCAUCCAGGAUCCUCGCCCCAAGGCAUGUCUGGUCCCACCACACACUCCCGAUCACAGACCUGCACUGCGGCUUUGGGGGCCCCAUGGCCCGGGUGGCCACUGCUUCGCUGGACCAGACCAUGAAGCUCUGGGCCAUCUCCUCGGGAGACCUGCUGCUGUCUGUCUUGUUUGAUGUGGGCAUCACUUCGGUGACCAUGGACCUGGCAGAGUACCAUGUGUUCUGUGGAGGCAGCGAUGGCUCCAUCUUCCAGGUGGACUUGUGCAGCUGGCCCGGACUGAGGGAGCACAGCUUCCAGCCUGAGCAGAGCGCAGGGAAGGUCUUCAAAGGACACAGGAACCAAGUGACGUGCCUGUCGGUGUCCACGGACGGCAGUGUGCUCCUCUCCGGCUCCCAUGACGAGUCCGUGCGACUGUGGGACGUGAAAAGCAAGCAGUGCUUGCGCACAGUCACCCUCAAAGGCCCAGUGACUAACGCAGCCAUCACACUAGCCCCACCAGGCAUGCUGAACCCAGAGCUGAGGCCCAGCCUGCCCCUGCCUCACUUCAACAAGCACCUGCUGGGCGCUGAGCACGGAGACGAGGCCCAGGGUAGCGGCCUGCGCCUGCAGCUAGGCCUCCACCUGCAGGGAGCUGAGCAGAGCUACCUGGAGCGUCUGGAGCAGCUGCAAGCAGUGCUGUCCGGCUAUCUGGAUAAGAACAUGCUAGGCAACCAGAUGCUGCCAGCACGGGUUUGGGAGCUGGAAGAGGAGGUGCGCAACCUGCGCAAGAUCAACCGCGACCUCUUCGACUUCUCUACGCGAAUCAUCACGCGGCCCUCUAAGUGAUGCGCGCGGGGCGGCUGCCACACACUUACCACGACCUGUGAUCUGUUGUUUUUAACAAAGGAUGGACAAAGAAUCUUA